ACGCCAUUACUAAGCAGUAUGAGAAGCUCUGACUGUAAAGUGGAAUAGGAGACAGUCAAUCAGCCAGUUUAGUAAGCAAACUAAGCAUAACAACAAAAAACAUGUGAACAUGUUCUAUAACUGGCGACAAAGAUAAAGAAACAAAAGGAAUAUAUAUUUUCUUAGUAGUUUUUCGGUCUCUCGAAUUAAAUAUUUACUUAUAAUGCCAGCGACAGCUACCGUCGAAGGGAUCAAACCACCGAUCCAGGAGCAGAUUGCUGAGUUUCAAAGGAAGAUACAACUUUUAGAAGGUGACAGGAAAGCAUAUUAUGAAAGUUCACAAUGGACAAUGAAGAAAAACAAAGAAACUAUUCAAUGGCUGAGACAAGAGAACAAGAAACUCCGCAAAAAAUUGUCAGAUUCAAUGGCGGGUGACGAAAAAGUGAUAAAUGAUGCCUUUCAAAAUCACAGUGUUGAAAAAGCUGCAAUGAGAGCUAAAAGUGGACAAGCUGCAGUGCAAAUAGUUGAUCAAAAAGUCUGUGACAGAAUCAAACGUUUGAAUGCCUUGAAACAUGAGACGGAAGUGCGAAAGCGCCGGCUGGAAGAGCUGCAACUCAAGUAUGAUCAGAAUGCAAAGGAAGCACAUGACCUGCAGGCAGCCAAUGACAGUGACUCUGAGGAUGCUAGAAGUGAAGGUGCUGUGAAAGAAGACUCACCUCAGCAGACUUUACGGAUAUUGGAGAACCGCUUAGAAAAAGCCCAGCUGAAGGCUGAGGAGGCUGAGUACAUCACAAAAGUAUACCAAAAACUCAGAGUUCAUCUUCAGGAUGAAAGUUUGACUUUCCAAAGUAGGCUUGAUGCCUUGGAGGCAGAAAUUCUUCGGCAGCGGCAAGAGCUAAAGGAACUAGAGAUGAUGAAUAAUGAUGCCCAAUUGUCACGUGAUGCAGCCAAGGCAGAACUUCAAAGACAAGAGGAGAUCAUGUACAGAGAACGCAAGGAACGGGAGCAGAUCUUGACAGAGUACAAAAAACAAGCAGAAGAGAGAAAAGCACAUACAGAGCGCUUAGAGAGAAGGACACAAAGAGGUUCCAUAAAGCCAGAUGACCUGAGUACAGAUAUGCAGCGCAGCAGCAUUGCUGUAGAAGAGGAGGAAAAAGCCAUCAGUAGCUUUGAGGAGGCCUUUGAGAUGAUUAAGGAAGCAACUGGAGUUACAGACAUACAAGAAAUAGUGGAGAGAUUCACUGCUCAGGGAGAAACACAAAAACAGCUGGAGGACUUGAAACUUGAAAAUGAAAAAACUCUGGUUCGUUUGAAGGAAGAGAAAGAAAGGCUAGAGGCAGAAUUCCAGGAGAUGAAAUAUUCUGGAGAGUCAAAAUUAUCCAGUGGGCAGCAGAUGCUGGAGGAACUUCAGUCCCACCUAAAACAAGAGGAGGCCAGGCGAGACAAGGCUAAAGAUAAUUUGGACACUACCAGCAAAGUCCUGAUGUCUGUGAAGGCAGGUGUGGAACACCUUGCAGAUAAACUUCAGCAUGUCAAACUUCCAAAAAGCCAUGUUCCAAAGGCUCAGCUUGUACCGUCCUCUGAUGAGUAUGUAUUAGAUCUUCUAUCUAGCGUUGAGACAAAACUGCUGAAACUGCUGGAUGAGCUAGAAGGAAGAGAUAUGAAUGAAAUCCUCAAGGAAAUGGAAGAAGAUGAGUUUCUUUCGAGUAUUGAUGGGAAACUUCCAUCCUACAAUGUAAGAAUCCAAUUGCCCGUGGCACAGAAAGCUGACAUAUUUGAAGAAGAUGAAGAUAGUGAUGAUGAUGAGGGUGGUAUUGUGACACGGGUAGACUUGAAACGGCAGUCACAGCAAAUCAUUGACUCCAAAACUAAGAAGAAAACCCGUGGAAGGAAGAAGAAAGGGAAACAGUAACAGUAGACCUCAAAACCAAGACACGGGAUAGUAGAUUAUGAAUUCUACAUGCAAGGGUGUAACCAUCCCUACACUACAUAUGCUAUGGCAUGAACUUAAAAAAUAAUUUAUUUUAUGCAAUAAGAUGUGUUAGAAGUCAAAUAAAACUGACAUAUUCACCAUGGUUAUAUGGCA